UAUUUACUUAGAAACCAUUGGCAAGAACGCAGGCUAAAGCAAAUUUCUCAAUAUUUUCUGUAACUUUCCUAGUGCCAAACAAGUUCUUGAAGGGCUGUAUUCGAAGAUCACUAGCGGAAUUCUGAUAGAACCUGAGACAGCGACUUUAUACUGAGGUGAAGCAGAGUGUUGGACGACUGGACGGGGACAAAAAAUGCGAGAAAUUGUUCAUUUUCAAGUAGGCCAAGGCGGCAACCAAAUUGGCGGGAAAUUCUGGGAGGUGGUGUCAGACGAACACGGGAUCGACCCCACGGGGACCUACCAUGGGGACAGCGACCUGCAGCUGGAGAGGAUCAACGUCUACUAUAACGAGGCCACGGGCGGCAAGUACGUGCCCCGGGGGAUCUUGGUGGAUCUGGAGCCAGGAACGAUGGACAGUAUCCGAUCUGGACCCUUCGGACAAAUUCACAGACCGGACAAUUUUAUCUUCGGACAAUCCGGGGCCGGAAACAACUGGGCCAAAGGUCAUUACACCGAAGGGGCGGAGCUAGUGGACUCAGUCCUAGAUGUCGCUCGAAAAGAGGCGGAGUCUUGUGAUUGUUUACAGGGCUUUCAACUUGCUCACUCCCUGGGUGGGGGCAGCGGCUCGGGUCUGGGGACACUGGUCAUCAGCAAAGUCAGGGAGGAAUACCCGGACAGGAUCAUGACCACCUACUCCAUCGUCCCGUCCCCUAAAGUCUCUGAUGUAGUUGUAGAACCUUACAACGCCACCCUCUCCAUACACCAGCUGGUAGAGAACACAGACAUGACCUACGUCAUUGACAACGAGGCGCUUUACGACAUCUGCUUCAGAACUUUGAAGCUCACAACGCCGACCUAUGGGGAUCUGAACCAUUUAAUAUCAGCCGCCAUGUCGGGCAUCACGACCUGUCUCCGCUUCCCCGGCCAGCUGAACUGUGACCUCCGCAAGAUGUGUGUCAACAUGGUCCCCUUCCCCCGGCUGCACUUCUUCAUCCCUGGCUUCGCUCCCCUGACGUCACGCGGCUCCCAGCAGUACCGCGCCAUCACGGUGCCGGAGCUGACGCAGCAGAUGUUUGACGCCAAGAACAUGAUGGCCGCCUGCGACCCGCGGCACGGCCGGUACCUGACGGUGGCAUGCAUGUUCAGGGGUCGGAUGUCGACGAAGGAGGUUGACGAACAAAUGCUGAACGUCCAGAACAAGAACUCGUCCUACUUCGUCGAGUGGAUCCCCAACAACGUCAAGACAGCCAUGUGCGACAUCCCGCCCAGGGGCCUCAAGAUGUCGGCCACAUUUGUCGGCAACACGACGGCCAUACAGGAACUCUUCAAGAGGAUAUCGGAGCAGUUUACGGCCAUGUUCAGGAGAAAGGCCUUCCUCCACUGGUACACUGGCGAGGGCAUGGACGAGAUGGAGUUCACUGAGGCCGAGUCCAACAUGAACGACCUGGUCUCAGAGUUCCAGCAGUACCAGGAUGCCACAGCUGAGGAGGAGGGAGAGUUUGAGGAGGAAGAGGAGGAGGGGGAGGCGGCGUAACGUGACCGACAGACUUUCCGAUUCCAUUUUUCAUGACCGUUUGAAUGUGAUAUCCGCGGGGGUUGGUUAGAUACAGCAUCUAUCAUACAGUUGAUACAGCAUCUGUCAUACAGUUGAUACAGCAUCUAUCAUACAGUUGAUACAGCAUCUGUCAUACAGUUGAUACAGCAUCUAUCAUACAGUUGAUACAGCAUCUAUCAUACAGUUGAUACAGCAUCUAUCAUACAGUUCAUUCAUUGAACAUUUGCAACUGUUACCUGUAGAACAAUUAGUUGAAACUAUUAUCUAUAGCAAAGUAGUUGAAACCAUCAAUAGAUGUCUGCAGCACAUAGUUAAUUUUUAAUUGAAAGUUACAGUGAAUAUCUAAAGAAUCAAAUUGUUUAAAGGGUCCUGACUGACUCUCGUUUAACCGACGAUUUCCAGUCUGGACCCACUUACAACUAGGUUGUAAAGGAAAGAAUAGUUAUUAGCAUAGGCUGGCUUAGAUUCUAACAUAAGGGAAACAAUCCGGGUAAAUCCGGACAGGGAGAGCAUUUGGUGAAAGUAGCAGAAUGAAUGUGACAUUUUCACUGUUUGUAAUGAUUUACAUGAUUUACACGAUUUACAGUUUAAUUUACUUUGAUUUACAAUUGUUUACACUUGUACAACGGAUUGAGACUGACUAAUAAAUUGGACACUGAC